AUGUCUUCGUCCACCUACGAUAGCUCGCGUCAGAGCUCAGUGCCCGAUUCUGUCCCCUCAUUAGACCACCACUCGGCGGGAACGAGUUUCGAUACCCCACAAGAGUCGGAAUUGUUCGACUCGGCCUCGGGUGCCUCGUUGAACACGUACUGCACCACCGUUGCUUCCAUCAACGAGGACGACGACGAUAUCUACAACUGCUACGAAGACUACACAGACGAGCCUUCCCGGAGUAAAGCCGUUCCGGCAACACCGCAAGAGUUCGCCGAACACUUUCCAUCCACCAGACGGCUCAUCAUCAAGCACGACGACUCGACGCUCGACGGAAACAUGAACGUGCGCGUCGAUUGCGACGCGCCCACGAGACGCGAGCACGACCGACGCAUCACACUCUUCCACCUUCGCAUGUACGACCUCAGGGAUCGCGACUUUUCUGUCCGUCGGUACGGACGGGAUUGUGGACGUGAGGUGGCUCACGUGAAGCGGAAGGUCGCCAAGACGGUCCUCCAGCGACCGGUCCUCCGCAAGGCUCUCAGCAGUUUCCGCAGCAAAUCCUCGGCCGACGAGCUGAGAAAGGUUGAGCGCGUGGAUAGUGGCUACGGAUCCAAUCCCGACGACGAGGAGGAGCCCGAUGUCAGCCCCACUACACCUGGUGGCACAAAACCGACCAACACUUGCACGCUCGAGUUCUCAAACUACGCACACGUGGACCUGACCCGCCGCGGCGCCAAGUCCGGCAAGAAGUACGAUUUUGAGUACUGGGGAAAGAGUUAUUCUUGGCGGAGGCGCAUCGCUGCUGGGAUGUCCGAGGAGGUGUCUUAUGAGCUCCACAACAAUGCCACAAACAACGUUGUCGCUUACAUCCGACCCGACAUUCUGACUCCCGCGAUGGUCGCGAUCGAGGAGGCAAAGGGCGGAUUCGUACCGCCGUGUUCCUUGUACUUUAACGACUCAAACACCGAUCCCAUCAACAGUAACACAGCAGAUGUUGCAGAUGUCAUCAUCACCACUGGACUAGUCGCCUUGGUGGACGAUUGCAUCAAGCGCAAGUACCACAAGAAGAAGUCGGUCCGACUGGUAUUGCCCACGACGGGCAAGACACCACUGAAGAUGAACAUGGAGUACGUGGGGCCGAAGCGGUUCAUCGACGAGAUGUUCCACCGCCGACCAAUCAUCAGCCGGAGUCAGUCGGUACAAUUCGGGCGCACUGCGCCGCCGACGUCGCCGACACCGCCACGCAGGAUGUUCACGAGUUGA